GCCAUAAAUUCUACAACCAUAGAGCUGUAAACAUCUUAUAAUAUUUAAUCACAUAAGUUUUCUAUCGUAUCGGGAUAAAAAACCGCACAAAAUGGACAACUUUAACGUUCCUAAAAAAAUAAAUCGAAAUGUGAUGAAGGCUCUAUCUGCACUUGAGGGCAAAUAUUCGAUACCGGCAUUCGUGCCCGCCCACAGCAUUGUCCGUCAGGUGGAGUUGCAGAUGCGUCGGAGCAAGAAGAUGAAUAAUAUGGAGAACUAUGUCAUGAGAUCGCUGUGCACCCUAACGCAUCUGGGCAUCUUAGCCCGCACAGGCACCUCGGAUUAUGCACUGCGUCAAUCUCUGCGGUUCCCAAACGGAGUUAGCGCAAUUCCAUGGCAGACGCCGCCCAUGCCGGAAAGGCGUUCUAGGCGCAAUCUUAAGGGCUCCAAAAGUGAGCCCGUGAGGCGUGUGGUAAAUAGCCGCAGCGCUAAGGCCAGGUUCAAACCGAGGGCUGUAGCCAAGCCAGUUCGACGCUCCUCACGGCAAACUGCCUCGAAAGCCAAGGCAAGUGAAGCUCUACUAAGACAGGACGCCGACCUCUGUGCCGAACCAAGGAGUUCUGAUGAUAUGCUGGGAAACGAAGCUAGAAGUCUACCUGCAACAUUUGAAGCACAAAAUGACUGUACUGCAAGGACAUCAUCCAACGAACGUUGGGACUUCAACUCGCCGCUGCCUAUAACCUAUUCGAGCUACUUUUAAACGACGAACUUUGGUACGGGAAAUCAAGUAUUAACGUUUU